UCUCUGUGUGUUAGCCUGUAUGCUAACCACGAGCUAAAGUUCUACUUUCACUUUGAGACAAACAGCAGCGGGAUGCGCAGCGCGCAGCUUCCUGGGAAACGAAACUUUACGCAGCCGCCGCCGCAGCCGCAGCCGCAGCAACCGUUUCCGACGCUUCCUGUGUCGUCGAUGCGGUUCUUCAAGUCACUUCAGCGGCGAUAAGUGAACUCUGAGCCGACGGCGUGUAAAAGUUUGGAGCAGUCACAGCCGACAGCUAGCUUCAGCGACUAGCGCCCGCUAGCAUGGACGGCAGCGGACACACGGCGAGUGAGGAGCGGGGAGCGGAGAAGCUAAUGGACGACUACCUGAGGUCCAUCGGGUUUCACCGGAAGAGAAUCGCCAAAGACGGGUCGUGUUUGUUCCGCGCUGUCGCCGAGCAGGUGCUGCACUGUCAAAGCCUUCAUACUAAAGUUCGUAGCAAAUGCGUGGAGUUCCUGAAGCAGAACAGAGAAAACUACGAGGCGUUCAUCGAGGGAGACUUUGAGCAGUACCUGUGUAAACUUCAGGAUCCUCAGCAAUGGGUCGGAGAGGUGGAGAUCAACGCUCUGGCCGCCAUCUACAAGAAGGACUUCCAGAUCUACCAGGAGCCCGGAAAACCUCCGGUCAACAUCACAGAUAACAACUUCAAGGACAAGGUGCGGUUGUGUUUUCUGAACGGGAAUCACUACGACAGCGUUUAUCCCACCAGCCGCAUCAAGAACGCAGCUCUCUGUCAGUCCAUCGUGUACGAGAUGAUGUACGAAGACGUGUUCAAAGUCGACCGCAGCUCUCUGAGUCUGUGUCAGAGGGUCAGCCGACCCGCCGACUUCCUGAGUGACGACAGCAUGGCCGCCUGCGCCAGCAGCGACGGGUCCGACCUGGAAACAGACGAGCCGCUCUGGUUGGACAAUGGAACGAGCACUUCUACAAAACCCAACAACCAGAGCCACAGGGGUCGUGGGCGCGGUCGGCAGCUCCCUGAGAGGGUGAGACGUUCACUGAACCCGACCCUGCUGAGAAACGUGGAGUUUGACGUCUGGCACAAGAGCAAGAGAGCUCAACAGAAGAUGGAUUACUGCAUUGCUGCUGGGAUGCAAUACACUGUGGGAGACCGCUGCCAGGUUCGUCUUGAGGGCACCGGACGCAGCUACAGCGCAACCGUCAAGGAAGUUCCUCCCAACGAAAACCUGGUGAUAGUUCACAUAGAAGAACUUGGCAAGAGAUCGGUUCCUCUGUGGAAUCUGCGUCCGCCCGCUGCUGAGAACAGCUGGUGCACAGUCGUCAACAAAGACAAGAGGCUCAGUAACGGAAGCGGAGAUUGGGAGGAGAGGGGUAAAGGCCGAGGCCGGGGAAAGCCCGUCCCGCCGCCCUCCUCUGUUCCACAGGCAUCGUCGCCGGGCUCCAGCGGGCGUGUGCAGAAGCAGCACUCGUGGCCCCCGCAGGCCACCGUAGAUGAGCAGGGAGGGGCCAAACCCAGCAGAAAGUCUGGGAGCUUGUCGGAGUCGUCGCCGUUCGGUCUGACAGACAAGGAGCGUUUGGCCAAAGAGGAGGAGGAGAGAAACGUGGCGCUGGUUGAGAUCCAGCUCCGAGACGAGCACAGCUUCCCCGCCCUUGGGACCGGGUCGCAGGGCGAUGGAGGGAGGAAGAAGGGAACAGAGAAGAGACCAUCCCAGAGAAACAAGACGAAGAGUCCAGUUGAAGACAUCCGAGCAGCUUCGCCCUCUGCUGGUGAAAGACCCAAAUCCACCACCCCACCACCUAUAAGCACUACAGUCACCACUGCACCUUCUACACCCACCAACCCCAACCUGCCUGCUGCAAAACCUGCUGCUUCUCCAUCUUCAACCUGUAGCUCCACAAACACAACGGCCUCACCCACAGGCUCCGCCCCUGGCCUGACACCCACCUGUGCUGCCCCGACGACUAAAACAAACGCACACUCUCUCCAUCCAGCUGCACGGGUCUCAACAAGUUCUGUUCCUCCUGCUGCUGCCCCGAGCGCUAAACCCUCUGUGACGGGUGGAGCUCUGUCUCAGUCUGUCCCGUGCUCUGCCGCCAUCUUCUCCUUCCACACCCCGGUUCUCCCCACUGCUUCAGCAGCCCUCUCCUCCUCUUCCUCAGUGCCUCCUAAAUCGACUACCUCCCCUCCUCCUCCCUCCUCAAUACCACCUCCCACCUUCAUUGCUCCCAUCGCUCCCUCUCCUUCUCAGGGCUUCCUCCCUCCGUCCUCCCUCCACCGCUCCUCCCCACCCGUCUCCUCUCUCCCCCACUCCCCCAGUCCCCCUUCCUCUUCCUCCUCUCUUAUCCACCAUGCUGCUCAGGUCCGAGAGGCUCCAGCACAAAAACCUUUACCAAAUUCUGGAGGAAUUUCUGUGGCAAAACCUCAGAUGUCCCUGACCCCGGCCUCAUUGACCCAGGGAGAUAUUGAAACACAGCCUUGUCUUCCAAUGCAUCAGACUCAAAGUCAGGCUUCUCUGAUCCAGAGCCAAAUCCAGAUGCCCCAGAUGCAGAAAGAGAUCCAGUCUUCAAUUCCCCUCCAGCACCAACCUCAGCCCCUCACUGAAGUGCCUCAGACCCAGGCCUGCCUCCCUCAAAACCAGGCCUGCCUCCCUCAGAACCAGGCCUGCCUCCCUCAAAACCAGGCCUGCCUCCCUCAGAACCAGGCCUGCCUCCCUCAGAACCAGGCCUGCCUCCCUCAGAACCAGGCCUGCCUCCCACCCAGACCUGCCUCCUCAGAACCAGGCCUGCCUCCCCAGAACCAGACGCCUCCCUCAGAACCAGGCCUGCCUCCCUCAGACCCAGGCCUACCUCCCUCAGAACCAGGCCUGCCCCCCUCACACCCAGACGUCUGUCCUCCCUCACACCCAGAUGUCUGUCCCCCACCACUCCUCCUCGCAGUCCCAGUCCGACAUGGUCCAUAUUCAGUCGUCUCACCCACAUCCAGGAGCUUCCUACCUCCACACCUCCCAGGCUCCAUCCCAGUCUCUACCUCUGGUUAUCUCCAGCUGUCACUCCCCCAUGCUCACCCCCAGAGCCACCCGGCUCAGCCUCCUCACCCCUCCCAACUCCCACAUCCCUCCCUCUGUAUCCCCGCCUCACCAACCCAUCACUCACUCCAAACCCAGAAUCAUACCGAAACCCCACAGCCCCCACCUCAGCCUGAGUCCCCGGCUCGACCUCCCUCCCAUCCGGGGCACCAUCCUCAUGCCACUCAUCACCCUCACUUCCUCUCUGCACCUCAGCCCCAGUCCAUCCCAGGAGCUGUUCCUCUGCAGAACUUGUCCCAGCUCUACCAGGACCCCCUGUACCCUGGUUUCCCCCUGGGACAGAAGGGCGACAUGGUCCAGACUCCACCCUACUCCUUCAUCAAGUCUGGGGACGACCUUCCCCAAGACGUCAACAUCUUGAGGUUUUUCUUCAACAUGGGCGUCAAGGCGUACUCCAUGCCCAUAUACCCCCCCUACCUUUACCUCCUCCCUCUCCAACAGGCCCACGCUAUGCAACCAAAGCUCCCCUCCCGCUCCCCCUCCCCUCAUUUCCCUCCCCCCAAUGCCCCCACCAGGCACCAGGAGGCAUACCCUCCCAACCAUCCGAGUUCAGUGCCAGCGCAGCCUCCAUACGGCCACCAAGUCGCUCUCACUGAACCCCACCGUCCCAGUGAGCCCUCCUUCAACCAGGCCGGGUACCCCGUCACCCAGCCUCCACCCCACAGGAUGCCCUGCAACUCGCAGCAAUGGCGACAGCACCAGAUGCCCCCACCCUCAACCUCCAGCUACCCAGUUGGGUAUCCUUCGUCACCUUCACCAUACCAGCUUCCUCCUUCUUCUCAGGGGUACCACCAAGGCACAGGUCACCCGCUUUACCCCCCAACCAUGACUCCAUACCCCCCCGCCUCGCUGGGAUACCAGUCCUCUUCCAACCCUGACGAGCUCCAGGUGACUCAGGGGGCGAUGGAGCAGCUUCAGCCAACAAACGGAGAUGCACUGUCUGGGCAUGGGCCUGGACAGGUCCCUGGUCCCCUGGAUGGUUCUGCUGCUGCUAAUGUGGCUAAUGCUAACAACAACAGAAUGGUGGUUUCAUGUGUGAACAAUUUUGCGCUGAAGAAGGAGCAGGGAGAGAGCUUGAGGAGGACGGUUCUGCUGGUCGACCCGCCACUCAACAACAGACCCAUACUCACUCUGGUCUCAAACUCUGAUGACCCUGUCUCCAUGACGACCAUGAAUCCCAGCGGCACCCCAGGUACUCAAUUACCUUAUGGCAUCAUCCCGAAGACAACCGUCCCCGGCGACAACAACGCCACCCACUAUCAGGUCCACCCAAAACAAUUAUACACCAACAAACCGUACGCCAAACUAGGAGUACAGGAACCCGGCAAGGCGGGACAUCUGCAGACCAUGCCCAUGAUGGACGGUCUGUCCAUGGGCUGCAGCACAGAGGAUGACUGGGAGGAGAGGGAGGGAUUCAAACCGGCAACCCUGAAUCCCAGAGGGUCAAAGAGGACCUACAGAGGAGGGCGAGGUCGGCCCGGAGGCUAUGAUGGAGGUAGGGGAGGAAACAGGAGGAGGCAGGGAGGAGAGGGCUUUAACCACGGACAGUUUGGCCCCUCCCACCGGGGGCGAGGAUGGUGAUUCAAGCUCUCAGCCAAUGAGAGGACAGUGGAGUUUGUUUUUUUUGCCUUAUUUACCUACUACUCGUUCUGAUCGCACUUUUGUUCUUGUUACCGCCUUGAGGUCUGAUUGAUGGGUUGGGCAAAUACACAUCGUUGUUCUAUGUCGCGUUCGCUGCGUCAAAAUCUUCCAGCCGGUUGUUCAAAGAAACACUAUCAAGCUCAUUAUUAGCUAGCUAAUUAGUAUAGAAUGUUAGCAAGGGCAAGUUUACAUUUUACAAAACCUUGAAAUAUGGAUUUAAGGAAUAUCAGUGUUUUUGUGUUGGGCUGCAAUGAUUUCUUUUUUUUUUAUAAAUAUAUAAUCUGUCAGUAAUUUGGUCCCGUUGCCUUUUGUCCGAAAAACCGAAAUCUCUCACCAAACUGGUUUCUAGUUAUUUUUCUGUCACUGCUAAUGGUUGCAACUCUUUUUAUUUGUAUUUUUUUUGUGGAUUUGAAAACGUUAGUUGUGCCGCGUAUAAUCUUCCCCCCGAUUUGACGUUAGAUGAGAACAUCGCAAAUGUUUGUGCUCAGAAUUUGAGUUUGAUUAACGUAAAAUUUAUGCGACCUCUGCCGAGAUGAACUAGGAGGUUGUUAGCGCAGUUUAGCACAGAUGGGAAACGGCCCAGGGUACCGUCAUUUUUGCAUUUUAUGUGUAGGUUAAACAAACGGCUAACUUAGUCUAACAUUAGCAAAAAAUGUAAACCUGCACAAAACCCACGUUAAAACCACAAAAUGUAAUUUUUAUGCCUCUGCCGUUGCACAUAUUAAAUAUCUGAUGGAAUAUGGCUGCGUGUUUCUUGGUGUUUGUUGAUGCUACGCUAAGCUAGUGAUUGUCUGACUUUAGCUUCAUAUUUAGCAGACAGUAUAAAUUUUCUUGUGACUCUCAAAAAUCAAAUAAUUUCUAAAUUGUUGAACAAUUCCUUUAAUCAUAGGUGAUGCAGCAUGUCCACGAAGCCCUAAACAUUCAAGACGACAGUUUUUCACUGUGUAUAAACGCGUGACAAGAAACUUUGUAUUUAUAAUAUACAAAUAGUUUAUUAGGCUCUUCAGUGAGUAGCGUGGACCAAAAUAUAAACAGAUUAAAAUGGAUUAAACCAACAAAUGAUCGGACUUGACGACGGCCUACAGAAAAUUUGUAUUGCUGCUAUAAAGUUUACGGCAGCCAAACUGUAUGUGGACUUUAGAAUUUAGUUUUUAUUAGUUUGUGUUGCUGAUGGUUUCAUGUCCCCUCUGUAUAGUUUUAGUCUUUCUUCACCUUUCUGGGUUUAUUUUUCUUCUGAUUGACUGUAGAGAUUCAGUGCCUUACAUUUGUCACUUUUAUCCAUCUUAAUUCUUUUUCUUCUGAGAUUGAGAAACACUGUUGUACAGAACAAAGGCUGUUUGUUUUCUGUGUGACUGAAUUAAUAAAUCUUUGGUUUAAAAAGGAAA